AUGACGAACGUGCCAGCGAGGACUCGCUCGGUGUACCGGGCCAUACUACGCGAGCUGCCUUCCCGGCCGCGCUUCUCGCCGUCUCCCCUCCAGACCAAGAUCCGCCAGCACCUUUCUUCCGCACCCGCCGACGCCGACGCUGCUCGGGCCCAGCUGGAAGAAGCAGAACAAUUCGCGCAAUACGUCAAGGCCCAGAGACAGUAUGUUACGCUGCUGGAACGAUAUAACCCCGGAGCGGACAUGGACCAGGAAGAACGAGUGCGGUUGACUGCCAGGAGAGUCGGGAUGAGCUUGCCAAUUGAACACAAGAACGGUUCUUCAUAA